CACAUCAUACCAUUCCGUAGCCACUUCCGUUACGCAACAUUUUUAAGGUUAUCUAUCGAGAUCUUCAGGAAAUAUACUCUGAAAAUUUUCGUUUUUCGAACAUAAAAAUGCCCCCAAAACCCAAAGUGCAAAUCCAUGAUGUAAAUCCAUUCCUUCAACGGGUCAGAGAGUUUUUAUUGGGACGAAAACAUACGUUAGCUUUACGUUUCCAGGACUUCCUUGCAACAAGAUCACCACCUCCUCCCGUUCUACCAGACGGAGCCACUCACAAACUAAGUGCCAAUUACUAUUUCACAAGGGAUGGCAGGAGGGAAGUAAAACCUCCAGAAGUUGUUGCUGUACCUAAAAGAAUUGCUGGAGAUGAUGCCUCGGGGGUUAAAAAAAUUACCCCUGGCAAAACUUAUAAUUGGGAUUAAGCAAUCAUUAUAGUUAUACAGCACAUUAUUUAUUAGGAAAAUAGCAGCACAUAUUAGGAAUUCCUUAGGAUGAUGAGUUUGAACGUAACAAAAAACAUUAGAAAUUAAAAAAAAAAACAGUAUGUAAUUUAUGAGUUAUUGUUGAGUUUUAAAAAUUAAAUGGAUUUUUCAUUAUUAAUUUUCCUUGAUUUUAGGUAAGUAAGCCUUUUUCCAAGGCACCAGAGUACAAGUUAGAUGUUGAGAUUUUUUUCUAAAAAAUACUUGGUUUAUUCAUAAAGUUAUGAAAGCAAUGGGGAAUUACACACAGGGUGUUAUCAGUUAACAAUAGUGUACAACAUAUCACCCAUUCCAAAAUGAAAAUAAAACAAUGUUUUUCUUCAAUA